AUGGGUGGUGUUGUUGCAAUUUCAUUAGGGUGCAUUUCUGCUCCAAAUCCAAAGCGUUACACGCUUGCGCUGUUUAUGCGGUUUCAUAAGAGGCAAAAUCUUGAAAAUUUUUAUGAGAAUCCCUUGUACAUUUUAGAUUUAGAUGUCACUUUUUUCUUCAUAUCUCAUUAUGAGUUCAACCAUGGAGUGGAGUUUCUGCUUCUGAUAUCAUUUAAUNAGUCUGCACUGAGUAACCAGGCAGAGGAUUCAUUGGCCUCUCUCGCAUNGAUGAUGUCGGAAUCUCCUUCCUUGAUAGUCCAAUUCACUCAAGGUUUGAAAUUUAGUCCAAGCUCUAAGGAGUAUACUCACGGUGUUGUCAUUUCGAUAAGUGGAGGCAUUUAA